ACAGGUCAGAGUGGGUCAACAGGAGGUCAACUCUGUUAGUUUAUGAGAGAAACGUAACAAAAUGUCGAGAGAGAAGCCACAGUCGUGUUUUAUUUUGAAAGUCAACAUCCGGAAGCGCUUCUCCUAGCCAGCUUUGAAGUUUGAACCAAGAUGGCGUCGGUCCGGAGCAGCUUCGCGUCGUGUUAAAACCGUUAAAACCGUUAAAACCGUUAAAACCGUUAAAACCGUUAAAAAGCGGCGGGAGGACAGCACGGAGCCCGUGGACGGUCCGUCCGUGUCCAGCCCCGCUGCCUGACUCCGUUUGACCGGGUCACCUCCGUGUCGCGUCCCGGUAAACCGGCGGUGAAGUCAGCUGAGCACGUAACCUAGCAACGCGCGGCUGUGUGUGUGUGUGUGUGUGUGUGUGUGUGUGUGUGUGUGUGUUAACCAUGUCUAAAGUGCGCAUGCUCCGGAUCUUCGUGAACCAGAGGCUGAGCGCGGCCGCGGAGGAGAUCCUCGCCCUGUUCGAGAGGACCAUCGCGGAGUACGAGGAGGAGAUCCGCCGGCAGAGGCUGCUGCAGGCCGGAGGACCGGGCGGAGGACCGGGCGAAGGACCGGGCGCAGGCUCCGUGUUCACCGUGAUUAAAGAGGUUCCUCCUGAGCAGAAGUGGAGCCCGGUUCUGGACCCAGACCCAAAGCCGCCUCACAUUAAAGAGGAACACGAGGAUCUCUGGACCAAUCAGGAGGGAGAGCUCACGUUCACGCCUGUGCCCGUGAAGAAGAGUGAAGAUGAGGAGGAGGAGGAGGAGGCUCGGUCCUCACAGCUUCAUCACAGACAGACUAAAGAGAUCCAAACAGAAGCUGAUGGAGAGGACUGUGGAGGACCAGAACCAGCCAGCAGGUCUGAUCCAGACGCUUCUUUAGAAGCAGUGACCCGUGACCAGAGGUCACCUUCCUCUGAGACUGAGCACGGUUCUGCCGGCCUGCAGCAGGUCCGGGAACCUCAGCCACCUUUAACAGCUUUCAAAGUUCCCGGAGGCGACGCGGCACGUCGACGUGUGCCGGACCUGCAGAUCCACAUGAGAUGUCCGAGCGCAGAGAGGACGUUCCCGUGUCCGUUCUGUGGGAAGAAGUUCUCCAAGAACUCCAACCUGACCACGCACUUACGAGUCCACACGGGAGAGAAGCCGUUCACAUGUUCGGUUUGCAGCAGCAGUUUCAGUCUGCGCUGCACGCUGGUCAAUCACAUGAGGGUCCACACCGGAGAGAAGCCGUUCAGCUGCUCCGUCUGCAGCAAGAGCUUCUCCAAGAAGGCCAACCUGACCACGCACAUGGCCCUGCACGCCGACCAGAAGCCCUUCAGGUGUCGCACCUGUGACAGAAGAUUCACGUGGCACUCACAGGUCAAAAACCACAAGUGUGUGUGUGAAGCUGCAGAGUCCUGAACUUGGUCCCCCGGGUCCUGCUGUGAAGCUGCGUCUGGGCGGGUCGGGUGUUACUGUUGUCCUGUUCAUCGACAUCGUCACGGCGAUACGUGGUCGUUCUAGUCAAUGUUUGAAACUCGAGCUGACAGGAAGCCAGGCACAGAAACAGCACACGGAGUCCGGUGGAUUUUCAAAAUAAAACAGACAAAGGAGAAACAAAUGAAGCACGUAGCAUGUUUAAAGAACAUGAACCAGGAAAAGGAAACAAAGUCUGGAGGAGAAACCAGAGUAAGAGACGCUCCAGGGCUUUGAAGUCACAUGACAGUGGACGCUUCAUGAAAUAAAGCAGGUGCAGUGUCACCUGGAGCGCGCUCAGUUUGACACACUUCAGCCUGACUGCAGCACUUUGAUCGUCUGAUUGGUCCAAACGUUUCCUCUGGCUCCACCUUCAGCUCUCCACCCGUCGGUCGGCUGUAGCUCCGUCCAGAUGAACAUACUUUAUUUCAGGAACAUAAGAAGCUUCAUGAUGGACAGCAGAGCAGAAGAAGAAGUUCAUGUCUGUUGAAGUAACAUGAAAUCACUGUCCACGUGAAACCUGUGUACGCUGCACCACACACACACACACACACAC